UGUUGUGUUUUGUGUGUGUCCCUCUUCGACCUUGGUGUAACAGGAGCGAUUUCGUAUACGUGUGCGAAAUUUUCAAAUACUUGAGGUGGCCGCUUUCUAAAGUGGCUGGUGUGGGAAUAUGCGCAGAGGAAAUGAUGUGGUAAUGGUCGUCUAAUUACAGGGAGACGCGGAGUGCACUUCCUCCUACAGGAACGAACGAACACGGAUGUCCCAAACCCAGGAAUCGUCGCUGAACUAAAUGGACGGAUUUUCUUUUCGUUAUGUCGACAGAAUGGUUUGAUCAAAGUUGAUCAAAUUUAUGGAUGGCGAGGGAGGGCAAUGUCGAUUGAAGACAUAGACAUUUUACGAAAGCGAACUGAGACAUUAUCUUCGAAUUUCAGCCAGAUGGCAGAAUAGCUUGGAUUCAACCGAAAAGAGUUGGCAACAUUGUUUGUCCGCCGUCUACCGAGCACUUCCUGCAUUAUUAUCAACAUAGGUCUGCGAUGUUAGAUGGCGUCAUGAUUCUCCUGGUCAUGAUCGUGGUGGUGCUGCCCACCUCCAGUGUGCAAGAUAAUCUGGGACCCAUUGGCAUCGAAUGUGUGUGUGAGGGGGCCCAGUGUUCCCACAGCAACCGCUGCUUUGCCCAGCAGUGCUUCUCUGCCCCAGAGCUGCGAAAUGGGACAGAACCCCUGCAGCGGAAGGGGUGCAUUGUGGGAGACGGUGAGGAGGAGGAGGAAGGGGAGCGGCCUGUCGUGCGCUGCGGGAGCCCCGGUGUGCACUGCUGCCAGGCCCCCCUAUGCAACAUGAACGUCUCCGUGGAAACCCCAGCCAGAGAGGGGGCGCCAGCAGUCACGCCCGAGGUAAAGGCGCACGAGUACGAGCAGGAGCAGGAGGAGCAGGAGUGUGUGUGCGAGGGGCCGGCGUGCCCCCCCGGCGCCCGCUGCAUGGGUCGCCAGUGCUUUUCGUCGCUGUCGCUGAACAACGGCGUGCCGGUCUACCAGAAGGGCUGCUUCAAGGUGUACGAGCAGGGCAAGCUGACCUGCAAGACACCGCCUUCGUCCACGCAGGUGGUGCACUGCUGCACGGGACACCUGUGCAACGCCAACCGCACCGUGGAGCUACCCGUCAGAGCGAGUGACGGGCGCAGCUCGAGCGUGACAACGUUGGCAGUCGUGAUUGUGGCACCGGUCAUCGUGCUGAUCUUUCUAUCUGCUGUGGCCAUCCUGGUGUUCCGCCGCAUCCACAAGAACCAGAUGGAGCGGCUCACGGCGCGAGACGCUGAGUACGGCACCAUCGACGGCCUCAUUGCCUCCAAUGUCGGGGAGAACACGCUAGCGGAUCUGCUGGAUCACUCCUGCACCUCCGGCAGCGGAUCCGGACUCCCAUUCUUGGUCCAGAGGACUGUAGCCAGACAGAUAACGCUGAACGAGUGUGUGGGUAAGGGGCGGUAUGGUGAGGUGUGGAGAGGCCAGUGGCAGGGUGAGAGUGUGGCUGUGAAGAUCUUCUCCUCCAGAGAUGAGAAGUCCUGGUUCCGAGAGACGGAGAUCUACAACACGGUGCUGCUUAGGCAUGAGAACAUCCUGGGCUUCAUUGCCUCGGACAUGACCUCGCGUAACUCCAGCACACAGCUGUGGCUGAUCACACACUACCACGAGAUGGGCUCCCUGUACGACUACCUGCAGCUGAGCACGCUGGACGCCGCUGCAUGCCUGCGGAUGGCGCUCUCCAUUGCCAGUGGCCUGGCCCACCUGCACGUGGAGAUCUUUGGCACGCAGGGCAAGCCGGCCAUUGCACACCGCGACCUCAAGAGCAAGAACAUCCUGGUCAACAAGAAUGGCCAAUGUUGCAUCGCUGACUUGGGCCUGGCCGUCAUGCAUUUCCAGGACACUAACGAACUGGAUGUGGGCAACAACCCUAAAGUGGGCACCAAGCGCUACAUGGCCCCCGAGGUGCUGGACGACUCCAUCCAGAUAGACUGCUUCGAGUCCUACAAGCGCGUGGACAUCUGGGCCUUUGGCCUGGUGCUGUGGGAGAUCGCCCGGAGAACCGUCAGCAACGGAAUAGUAGAAGACUACAAGCCUCCCUUCCAUGAUGUUGUUCCAAGUGACCCCAGCUUUGAAGAUAUGAAAAAGGUUGUGUGCAUAGAUCAACAGAGACCAAACAUCCCCAACAGAUGGUUCUCAGACCCAACUUUAACAUCCAUUGCUAAACUUAUGAAGGAGUGCUGGUACCAGAAUCCAUCUGCAAGACUAACUGCAUUGCGCAUCAAAAAGACUUUGACAAAAAUCGACAAUUCUCUGGACAAAAUCAAAGCGGACUGUUGAACUCCUUCCAGAUGGAAGACCCCCUAAAGGCCUUUAACAGAAGUCCAGUCGGAGGAGCUCCUGGAGCAGACUGCACACCAGGAGCCUCCCGGGAUCUAGUGCUCUUAUAGUGGCACAUUGUAUUUAUUUUAAACUCUCGAUGGGACACAUUUUGGCAUCCAAAGAUGGUGUAGUGGGCAUUUCAAAAGAGCUGGGAAGAAGACUACCGAUAGUCUUUGAUAUUUGGUGACUAUCCCUUUUAAGACAUAGGAGCUUUCCCACAUAGUCAUAUUCUUCAAGGAAGAAAGAAAAACUGUUACUUGGGCAUUUUAGGAGAACGUAUGUUACACAUUUUUUGUUUUGUUUUGACACAGCUUUGAUUUUUUAAAAAAAAGGUCUGAAAAAUAAUAUUUCGUUUAGCAAUAUUGUAUGUGCUUUAUUUCCUUUAUUGCACUAGCAAUCUUUGCAUUCCUUACUUGCACUGUUACAGAUGCAUUUGGAGAGAAAAAAAAGUCAACUUGCCAAAAAAAAAAGGGGAGUUCCUUUGUGUUCCACAAUCACCAUAUCUCUAGUAAUCAGAGAGAACAAACGGCUGCAUCUCUUGCACUGGUGUUUGUGAAAGGAUGUUCCUCUGCAAUUUACAACAAACCUGUCAUUUAUUUAACACACUAACAUUACAAUAGUGCUGCAGCUUUAGUCACUCUCUUCCUCCUUCCGAGAUGUCUGAUGUAUCCUGUCACAGAACGUUUUGUAUAUCACCAAGCAUUUAGCAUUAUGUAUCUGUUUUGUUUGUUUGUUUCAUAAGCUUUAUUUGAUACAGAUGCUAAAAGAGUAAAUAAAAAUUUACUAGAUGAUGCUGAACUCAAUAUAUAAAGUAAUGCCUGUUACAGUC